AGAAAUAAACCCCCAUCCGGUUUGCUCCGAUGGGAACCAACUCAGAUACCAAAGAAGUUGUGAAAGUAGUCACGUGACAACGCGUGUCAUAAAAACGGGCGCCUUCGUGCGAGAAGUAUAUUGUUUCUGUGUUUCGGGUCAUACUUGCAUUAAAUCGUUCACAAAGCACAUCAUAAAGCCAUAAAGGAAAAGCCGCUCGCGCAGAUGUCGUGUUCGCUGGUUGGCUGUGGAGCGCGGGUCCCUCUGCAGGACGGCCGAGCCGCGGUUCUGGGCCGGGGGCCGGACACCGGAGUCACCGACAAGAAGUGCUCCAGGCACCAGGUGAAGGUGGUGGCGUGCUAUGCAGACCAGGAUGUUGUUGUUACUCAGCUUGGUCCUAAUCCCAGUUUCCUGGACGGUGAGAAACUGGGCCGCAACCAGUCCGGUAAACUCACCCACGGUGGCACCCUCUUCCUGGUUGGCCAGUGCCACCCUUUUAAACUGCACUACUCCCCGAGCUCCAACGGCGCCACACCGAAAGGCCUAAAAGCCACCGACAAGACGAGAGGCGGGAGGAACGGGAAAGACAAAGAGGCUCCCAAGCGCAGUUUAAAGGAUUUCUUUUCUACCUCUCCCAUGAAGUCAUCUAAAAGACAGCUGAGUCCGGAGGGGGGGCACCCUGAGGUGAAGCGCCAGAAACGAGACGAGGGGGCCUCGGAUGGACGGGUGAAUGACGAAGACGAGGAGGAGAGGAUGGCCGAAGAGAAGCUCAGGCAGCUGAGGGAGUGGUCAGAGAAGUUAUCGGCGGAGAGGCCGAGCGGCGCCCAGCCUUCGUCCUCUUCGCCCUCGUCAUCCUCCUCGAAGGAAUGCCUGAAGAGCAGCUGGCAGCAGGUCGGCAGCCUGAUGCUCUACACGGCCGCCGGCGUCAGAGGGAGCGAGAAGAUUGCGGGGUUCGACAUCGACGGCUGCAUCAUCACCACCAAGUCUGGGAAAGUCUUCCCCACCGCGCCGGACGACUGGAAGAUCCUGUUCUUCGAGAUUCAGCCCAGUCUGGCCAGCUUGCUCAAGAGAGGAUACAAGGUGGUGUUCUUCACCAACCAGAUGGGCAUCGCCAGAGGGAAACUGAAGCCGGAGGUCUUCAAGUCCAAGGUGGAGGACAUCCUCGCCGCGCUGCAGCUGCCCGUGCAGGUGUUCGUCUCCACCAGUCCUGGAAUCUACAGGAAGCCGGUGAUGGGCAUGUGGAACCACCUGUGUGAGAAGGCAAACGACGGCGUGGCCGUUGACAAGACGCAGACCUUCUAUGUCGGAGAUGCUGCCGGAAGGCCGGAGAACUGGGCUCCAGGAAAGAAGAAGAAGGAUUUCUCCUGCAGUGACAGACUGUUUGCUCUGAACAUCGGGGUGCAGUUCCACACCCCGGAGGAGUACUUCCUGGGCUGGAAGAGCGCCCCCUACAGCAUGCCUAGCUUUGACCCCAGGAAGCUCGACUCCACGGCCGCGCUCUACGACCCUCCGGGCGCCGCGCUCACCGCCGGCGCCACCGAAGUCAUCGUGGCCGUCGGUUUCCCUGCGUCCGGGAAAUCCACCUUCUUCCACGCCCACGUCGUCCCCAAAGGCUACGCCUACGUCAACAGGGACACACUGGGGUCGUGGCAGAGCUGCGUGACGGCGUGCGAGCGCGCCCUGAAGGAAGGCCGCAGCGUCGCCGUGGACAACACCAACCCAGAACCCGAGGCCCGCAAACGGUAUGUGGACGUGGCGAAGGCGGCAGGAGUGCCGUGUCGCUGUUUCCACUUCUCAGCCUCCCUGGAGGAAGCCAAGCACAACAACCGGUUCCGUGAGAUGGCUCCAUCGGACACCAAACACGCCAAGGUCAACGACAUGUUGUUCCACAGCUACAAGAAACACUUCGUGGCUCCGGCGCUCACGGAGGGAUUCUCCGAGAUCCUUCAGAUCCACUUUGUCCCGAACUUCAAGGACAGCCAAUCAGAAAUCUUAUUCCGGCAGUUUUCUGAGGGCUGAUUGGACGGCCGGCUUUCCGACGCCCGUUUGACACGAACACAGGAAAUACAAUUUAAAAAGUGCAGAAAAUGAGACCGAGUGAGUCCGUUAGUCUCAGCUGGUGGAUUGUAUGCGAAUGUACAGUUAUAUAUAUAUAUAUAUAUAUUGCCAUUAUACAUGCCUCAGAUGAUGUCAUACAUGUUGAGUUGAGAAAGAAUCUCUGAAAACCACGAUAAUCAUUUCUCUUUAAUAUUUUGUAUGAUGAGGAACCUUCCCGUCCUUUUUGAAAGUUAGUUUACCUCCACUAUAAAAUUCAUCCGUCAUCCUUUUCACAAUAAAGCCUUUGAACAAAAAAAAAUUUAGCAAUUGGGGACAGAGCA